AUGGAGCGCGUGACACAGCAAAAAGACAUUCAUCAGGAAAGUCAUCAUUCAAAGGAGAGGACACCUAUACCUCAGCUACUACACUGGCUAGCUGAGAAGCUUCUGGAAGGCUUGGGUACUCAGCUGCUGGAAGAGAAGAGGAGGUCUGAGUUGCAGAAGUUGGAGAGGCUAGAGGUCGGGGCUGGCUGUGCUGAAGACUGGCCGAGAAGUUCUGCUGCACAGUAUUCAAACCCUUCAGGAGAUGUUUCCUUACUUGAUCAGCACCUCACUCGUACUGAGCAGUAUAGAGCUAGCUCAUCUGGUAGUGUUGAUCUUAUGGAUAGUUUUUCCCCUCAGAGUGAUGCUUCUUUUGAUGAUGAAUCUAAGGAAGGAUGUGAGGAGGGUGAUAAAGAGGAUGUUGAGGCUGAUGAUGAUGAUGAUGAUGAUGAUGAUGAUGAUGAUAAUUGA